GAUAAUGGCUCACAGCUCGCAUCACCUUUAAACUCCGACACUUUCUUCUCCUCUCCUAUCGACAUCUCCGUGGUACAGUCAGAGCGAGGGGAUGAUGGCCUUCGAAGCCUUGAGCGAUGAGUUGCUGAAGAUGAGCCUGUUCGUUCUAGUCCAAGCUCUCAUCUACUUCAUCCUCUCCAACUCUUCCGACGUCUUCUCCUCCACCAAGACGAGAUCCUUCAGCUUCCGCACGGCGAGGUCCGCGAGCCUCCGCCACAUGCUUGCUUUGCUCUCCGACCUGCCUUCCGACGGCGAGCCGUCACCUCGGCCAUCGGAUCUCAAGGACCAGUAGUCAGUCAUCUUCCUCUUCCGUGGCGAAGCGUCGAUGGGUUGCAGAAGCCUAAUUAGUCCAUUCUUGCAGUUCUUUCUCUGAUUCUUUGUAUGCGCGAAUUUGCUCGAUGCAUUAAGUUGCAGUUAAUGAUAACAACUUCGAUCUGGGGUUACAUAAA